UUUGUUUCAUCAAAAUCACCUAAUUUUCUCUCUCUGUGUUCUGUUCUGUUCUGUUCUGUUCAGUUCUUGUUUUUCAUUCUUCACUUUUCAGCAAGAAACAGAAGCCCUCUCUAAUGGCUGGCGAUCUUGUUUUUACCCCUGAAGAAAUGGUGAUUGAUCAUGGAUUGGGAUACCCAAAAGCCUAUUCGAAUCUCUGUAAAGAUCGGAGUUUUGGUCCUUUCAGCCGUGGCCCUCCUUUCACUUUCACUCCCUAUGCUUUACCACAACAUGAGGUUUUGAGAGCCAAGGAAUUGGAUGAAAUGUUCCCCAUCAUUGAUCCGAAUGCACAACCCAAUACAAAGCCCAAGAUUUUUGUGUCUCUUUUAUGGAAGCAACUCAACCACCUGGGAAAUGCAGGAUUUGAUCCUGAAGUAUUUCGAGUAGACUCAUAUGGCAAUGUUCUCUAUUAUCAUGCUGAUUCUGCUUCACCUCUAGCAUGGGAAAUUGAUCACUGGUUUCCUUGCUCCAGAGGAGGACUAACUGUUCCAAGCAAUCUGAGAAUAAUGCAGUGGCAAGCAUGCAAGAAAAAGAAUAAUAAGCUGGAAUUUCUUAUACCCUGGUGGGAUCUGCAAGUUGGAAUAUCAAUAAACCAGUUUUUGUCCAUCUUUGCUAUAUCGAAUUCAGAUUUCAGGCGUAGAGCAUUUUCUUGGUUGUUCUCUGAAGGUGAAAAUGAAGAACUUAACGCCUCACAAACUGUUGAUUCACAUGUUUUUCCUCAACAUUUUGUUGAAUCAAAAGAAAAGAUUGGCCUCGCUCCAGCAGCUGUUGUUCUAUCUCGAAGGGAGUCUUUUGAUUCUUCCUCAACUCUGAGAUCAUUGGAUAUCAAUAGAAGACCAAGAUCAAACACUCCUAUUGUAGCUUGUAAAAGAUCAAAAACGGAUCUGAAAGAAAAUGAAGAUCCGGGGAUGGUAACCAAUCCAUACCAGGCUAUUGUGAUAGCUAGAGAUUCUUUGAGACACAGAGAAGAGACAGCAAAGAUGCAGGCAGAAAUACAGAGAUUAGAUGAUGAAGUGGGUGAAUUAAAGCAGAAGACUGAAGAGGAGAAAGCAGCAGCACAAGAUUUGGAGCUAAUCCUAACAAAGAAAAGAAGGAGAGCAGAGAAGUGUCGACGACUAGCUGAGGCACAAUCUUCUUAUAGAGCUAUGCUAGAGAAGAUGAUUCGAGAUGCCAUGCACCAGAGUAUUGUGUAUAAAGAACAAGUGAGGUUGAAUCAGGCAGCAGCUAACACCCUUAUGGCAAGACUUGAAGCUCAAAGAGCAAUUUGUGAUUCUGCAGAGAGAGACCUACACAGGAGAUUCAAACAGAGAGAUGAACUCGAGCAACAGAUAAGACCUGAGUGGGACCAAACAAGAAAAAGAUCUAGGAUGGAUGAAUUUCCGGAUGAAGAGGGAGGAGAUGAGAAGACUCUUCUCUUUCUGCCUGGCAGCUGCUCAGGGGCAGAAUUAGAGAAUGAUGAUAAGAGAGUUCUAUGCUUGCCCGAGAUGGAUCCCAAGGACAGUAUGCAUAAGGAGUUAAGAGUAUUUUUGGAGGAAGAGCAGAAAGCAUACGAGGAUAGACUAAAUGGAGGAAAACAGAAAGAAACUCAUCACAGAAUCAGCAUGGGACUGCCAUCUGAACACAGCAACAAGACUAUUGUGCAGGCAAAGGAUGAGGAUCCAGCAGAGGAGAAGGUUCAAAAUUUAGAAAUACAAGAAGAAGGGAUAACAUACAACCCCGGGUUUCCCAUUUUUCAUGAAACUGAAAGAGAGGAGGAGGAGGACGAAGAUAGCAGAAGGCAACGUGGGAAAGGAAAUAUUGAAAAAUGGCUUCAGUUGCUUCUGGACAACUCUCAAGAACCUACCAACAUUCAGACUGCUGAGGAGAAUGAUAGUGGUACGAGAACUCUUAAUGCAGGAGAAGAAGAUGAAACUGAUGAGAUUGAUGGCACAAUAACAAAGCUGAAUUUCAAAUAUCCACAAAAGGAGAUGAAGAUAUCUAAACCUGAGGAGACAGGAUUAGUUGAGGAUGUGAAACAGUCACAGAAGGUGCAAAAUAGAAAGGAAGCUGUCCAAAAUCCAGUAGGAACAAAACGAGAGGAAGUUGUCAAAAUGGCAGCCAGGAAAUCUUUCUCAAACAGCGGAAAUGGGAGAAAGGAAGAAACAACUGAAAUUAAGGGUCAAAACUUACCAUGCAGGAAUCCUCCUCCAUACAGAGCAAUUCCAGACAGGAGAGCCAGUGAUGUAGGUUCUUCUGCUUCUAAGGGAGUAGCAGGGAGAUCUACCAGCUGUGAAAGAACUGAAAGGAAGAGUGAGAAGGAAAAGGAAAGGGAACUCUUGAGGUCGGACAGUGCUAGGUUGUUUAGGCGUAUCCCGUCCUCCCCAUCUCUCCUCUUGAGUGGCAUGAAAAAGAGAGUGGAUUGCAUAAGGAAGAAGCCCUCAGUUGUUGGUGAUGAUAGUGAUGAAGGACAGGUAGGAGGUAACGGCUUCAUAAGGUCAUCCAUCAAAACAAUCAAGAGAGCAGUGAAGAUGUAGGGGCCUGGAUAUAGAACUAAGUUUUUCAUAUUAUCACCAAAAUGAGUGUGUGAAUGGUGCUUUGUGCUUGAUUUCUUUGUACAAUAGUGUACUCUAUUAUUCUUUUUGAAAGAUUUGUAAUAACAGCUAGUUGUUUGACAAAAAGAUCUCUAAUAAAGUGGUUAUAAUGAACAA